UCCCUUUAGCCUUUAUCUCUUCAUUUCAUUCUUCAGAAAACCUCAAAAAAUUCAUGGAUAGGAGAGAUAUAGAAACUCACGAUUUCAUGAACGUGGAAUCUUUCUCCCAACUGCCCUUUAUUAGACCAGCACCAAUAAAAGAAAAGGCAGCCAUUAGGCUUUUUGGCAAAGAAUUAGGUGGUCGUGAGGAAUCUAAAUCUGUCGAUACCAAUAACAAUAGUCAAGAUCAAGAAUCAAAAGACAGUGCUGUCAAUGUCUCCGACAACCGAAAAUUUGUAUGUAACUAUUGUUGUAGGAAUUUCCCAACUUCACAAGCAUUAGGAGGCCAUCAAAAUGCACAUAAAAGAGAACGUCAGAAUGCCAAAAGAGCUCAACGUCAGCCACAAAAUUUUCAUAUUGGAAAUGUUAAUGGCACUUAUUUUCAUAGUUCCAGGAGCAGUACUACUAGCUUUUAUGGAAAUCGUCAUGUUUAUAAUGGUAGCCAUUAUUCUCAAAAUCGUACUAUAAAUGGAAGUCCCUUGGCCUUUUGGAGAAGUCAUUCUUCUCCUCUUUCUAAUUAUGCUUGUGACCGUUCCAAGAUGAUAGAUCCAUUGCCAGUGUAUGUUAAUGGAAAUUUGAAGACCAAUAGCAGCUCUAUUUCUUUAAGCCGAUUUGGGUAUGAACUGAAGGAAGGAGUUCAAGAUCAUGUGAGUUUAGAUCUACACUUGUAAAGACCGUCCAAGUAGUAAUAAUUUCUCUUCUUCUUUUUUUUUUUUUUCUUUUUGACUGUCCAAUUUAAUUAUUUCUCUACUAUUUGAAAGUGGCUACAGU